CUGUCUGACUCCCUUGCAUUCCGAGUUCGGAUCGAUUCUUUGUUACAAAAGCUUUGUUCGCGGUUAACCUAUUCUACCAAAACUCUCCUCACAACCCACCGCUGCUGCUAGAUCUGCUCCCACAAACCCCUCUCUCGUGCCACAAACCAGCAGAAUCAGUCCACAAUGUCUCCCUCAGCAAACGGCGGAUCCGCCAGUCACAACGGGAACGGCACACAUCACGGAGCAAGGCCGGCUUUGACGCCCGGACUCUACGUCCCGACAGUAGCAUUCUUCCGUUCCGACGACUCAGUAGACGUUGAGACCACACAUUCACACGCCGUCCGUCUCGCCAACGCCGGCGUCGCCGGCCUCGUCACUCACGGCUCCAACGGCGAAGCAGUGCACCUCGACCACGAUGAGAGACAACUCAUCAACCGCACCACACGAGCCGCGCUCGAUUCGGCAGGAAAGACCGAACUUGCUUUGAUUGUCGGCUGCGGCGCACAGUCGACAAGAGAAACCAUUCAACUCUGCGAGGAGGCCGGCGCAUCAGGGGGCGACUAUGCACUCGUCCUCCCGCCCGCUUACUAUGGCGGCCUUUUGACCACCGAUCUCAUCCUACAACACUUUCGCGAGGUCGCAGACGCAAGUCCGGUCCCUCUUCUCAUCUACAACUACCCCGGUGCCUGCAGUGGCCUCGAUCUCAACUCAGAUACCAUCAUCAACCUCUCAAGUCACCCCAAUAUUGUCGGCGUGAAGCUGACCUGUGGUAACACUGGCAAGCUGGCUCGGAUAGCCGCUGCCACGGUCCCCAAAAAGGGCGACAGCAACACAACCCCGUUCCGGACAUUCGGCGGCAGCGUCGACUUCACGCUGCAGACGCUCGUUGUCGGUGGCCACGGCAUCAUUGGUGGAACCGGAAACAUUGCGCCUCUUGCUUGCGUGAAGCUGAUGAAGCUUUGGGAUGAGGGCAAGUUGGUAGAAGCGAGGGAAUUGCAAGCGGUUGUGGCCCGUGGUGACUGGACUGCUAUUCAAGGAGGAUUUGUCUCUGUCAAGGCGGCAUUGCAGGAGUACUACAACUAUGGAGGCCUUCCAAGAAAGCCUUGCACAUUGCUCGAGGGAGAGAGCUUAACAAAACAGAUCGAUGGAUUUUCAGAGUUGAUUGAGGCUGAGAAGGCGUUGCAAAAGUAGACGCAUGUAACAUUGUGGGUUUUGGGACAGGUUUCAACUUCCAAGGGAAUCCUAGCGUAUUGUUCAAUCAAAGAACUUUUACCAGAAGACAUUGCCUAGAACAGCAACGAACCUGACGCC